AUGGAGAACCAAGCACAGCAGGUGCUUUUUACUUGUAUAUCAUGCACGAUUGCAUUCUUCUCCGCAGAGGAACAACGCGUACACUAUCGAUCCGACCACCACAGGUACAAUAUGAAGCGUAGAGUGGCUGGUUUACCACCGGUCAGUGCAGCUACGUUCAAUGAAAAGGUCCUAGAAAGGAGGGCAGAGACAUCCAUCAUGUCGUCUCUCAAAGGUUCUAGUUGCGAACUUUGCAAUAAAAUAUACUCGUCUGAGAACGCUUAUCGUUCUCACAUCAACUCCAAGAAGCAUAAAGAUAACGAACUCAAAGCUGCUCGUGAACCACCGGCCGUCGUCGAUCUAGAACCUGAAGCAGAGAAAGUAGACUCUGUCCCUCCACCUCAGCAAUCUGUAGAGUCAUCCCAGAUUACGAAGCCUGCCGAACUCUCAGAAACACUAGAUUCAGAAGCUGCCUCCAUAUCAUUGGUAGCAGACGAGGACGCUGAUGAGGACGAAGUCAACCAAACCAUUGACCAGAAGAUCGCUGCCGCUCGAUCUCGUCUAUCCAACACUCAUUGUCUGUUCUGUCCGAUUCAAUCCCCAACUAUUGAAGAAAACCUCUCUCACAUGUCUUCCGCACAUUCGUUCUUCAUCCCCGAUUCUGACUACCUGAUUGACCUUCCCGGAUUAAUUACUUAUCUUGGUGAAAAGAUCGCUGUGGGCAACGUUUGUAUAUAUUGCAACGGCAAAGGGAGAGAGUUCCGAACGUUGGAUGCCGUACGGAAACAUAUGACGGACAAGAGUCAUUGUAAGGUCGCCUAUGAGACUGAAAAUGACCGGUUCGAGAUAUCAGACUAUUAUGACUUUACGAGCUCGUACGGCGACGUCAAGUCAAAACUCAGGUCGAAGAAGAUUGAGGAAGAGGAAUGGGAAGAUAUGAGUGGUGAUGAAGGUGAUGAAGACGUCGAUGAGAUCGUCGAACAUACAGAUGAAGACGAAUUGGAAGGCACCGAGGACCUAGUACCUGAGAGUGAAAUAACUUACGGAGAUUCUCACCUGGAACUCGUCCUUCCAUCUGGUGCACGCAUCGGUCAUCGAAGUUUGCGUCGUUAUUAUGCACAAUCCUUCACCCCGUUAGGCAACAAAGCCUCUCAAGAUCCUAGUUCCGGGGCUGCUAUUGUUCGACGACUUCUGGCUGACAAGAAUUCCGAUUUGGUACCCGUGCGAGGUGGAUACGGUGCUUUUGGCAGCGGCACACAGGUGGUCAAAGCGAGGAAUAGAGGUGAAGCCAGGGAAGCAGGGCGACAUGUCCGGGAGUUCCGUGAUCAGGCCCGCCGCGAGCACUUCAAGACAAAGGUUGCAUUCAGACACAACCAGCAAAAGCACUACCGUGAUCCAUUGUUACAGUGA